GGAAGCUACUUCAUUCAAACGACUUCCGGUACCCAUGAUGCUCAGUUAAUUUUAGUGACCGCACCCUCGUGGAAGUGUGGGAAGGAAAUCGAAGUGGAACUCGUAAAGUAGACAAGUUCGCCAUGAUUUUGCGGCUAAAAUUUAGAUAAGAGAAAUUGUAUCGUGUACUGCUGUCGAUCGGAAGAAUUCCGUAGAGUACAAUGAGCGAGUUAUGGGUGUGUUUUCCUUGUUGUGUUACCGAGCAACCUCAACCGGUACGGAUAUUGUUGGAGCAUGCAUGCCAGUGCUACGCGCCGAUUUGCGAUCCAUUCUAACUAAAAUUCUUUGCUCGUAUUCUUAACUUUACAGAGAAGAAGAAGAAUAGAUCGUUCCAUGAUUGGGCAGCCAACGAAUUUCAAAGUAAGUUCUUUGUAGUGUGAUUUUAUCCUCACAGAUAGAAACGUGUUAGUUUAAUUAAACUCAAGUUUUGGUUUUGAUUCUGUCCACAGCACACGGGUCAUAUAGGAAGCGGCGAUAUGGCGUCCGGCUCAGACGUAAGUUUAACUCGAGAGAUUUGCUUUUAUUUGUCGUGAAAAUAAUUGUUCUUGAAUUUUGAUCUACAGCAAAAUUUAACUCCUUCUCAAUCUUUUAUUUACGUUUAACAAUUAUCCUACAAAUGGACUGAAGUUAUUGUUUGAGUAGGUUCUGUGACACCUAUGUAACCACUCUUCGUGAAUCAUUCAGCUUUGAAAUACAAAUUUCCCCUUGUUUUUUUCUCACCUCACAUUGUAGGUCGUGCUGUUGAAAAUAAUGAAGGUGGAUAAACAGAAGCUGAUUAUCAAAUAGGGUGCUAAAGCAGUCUUAAAUGUCUGAUGAUUUUUUUUUAGCUCGGAUCAAUUCAAGUCCAAAUGCAGUCGAAAGGAGGCUACCAAGGAAUCAGUGUUCCAAUCAGCUCGACUCCCGCUGGGAUUCCUGUAGUGGGAGGAAAUUAAAAUCUUACUUUUGUAGAAAGAAUAACA